AUGACGCUUAGCACCACCUUUGCCCAAGCCUUUACCUCCUUUGCCGCGACCGGACAUUCUCGGUUGUCUGAAUUAUCGUCAAGGUUUAAAAAGGAAAGGUCUCGCUCUAUGUUAAAUUACUGCAGAACAGAAAUUACUUUUCAAUCUAUACCCUUCAAUCUGACCUCUCGGGAAACAUUAUUUCUUGUAUUUACAUAGAUUUGUUCUUAGUAAAAGGACAACAAAAGAAUAUUAUAAUUUUCUUUCGCCCCACUGUCUAUUGUAAGGCAUGCAAAUCAAAGCAGGGUGUCUCCGAAGCCGAACCAAUCAGAAAUGCAUAAAUCCUUAAAUAUCCAAUCGGCUUGCGACAGCCUCCUGAUAAAUCGCGGCCAUAAAAUUGCCCAGCUUUCACAUAGAGCCUUUAAUCUUCUGAACAUCAGUUUCACAGUCAUGGCCCGAACCAAGCAAACAGCGAGAAAGUCCACCGGAGGAAAAGCGCCUCGUAAACAGCUGGCUACUAAGGCAGCUCGAAAGAGCGCUCCUGCUACUGGUGGCGUGAAAAAACCGCACCGUUACAGGCCAGGAACAGUGGCCCUCAGAGAGAUCCGUCGUUAUCAGAAGUCCACCGAGUUGCUGAUUCGCAAGUUACCGUUUCAGCGUCUUGUUCGAGAAAUCGCUCAGGAUUUCAAGACCGACUUGCGCUUUCAAAGCUCAGCCGUGCUGGCUCUUCAAGAGGCUAGCGAAGCCUACCUGGUCGGUCUUUUCGAGGACACCAACCUUUGCGCCAUUCACGCUAAACGUGUCACCAUCAUGCCUAAAGAUAUCCAGUUGGCUCGUAGGAUCCGGGGCGAACGUGCAUAACAGCUCAGCUCGGUUCUGACAAUCUCACAUUACAAACGGCUCAGUUACUAGUGAAAUGAGACAGAAAUAAUUCUCAUACUCCACGCCGUUACAAGUUUUUUCGCGAUAAGGACACAGUAGAGUACUAGUAUCCCUAAGCUUACCAAAAAAGUAGUGAUUGCGCCCAACAACUCCUUAUUCGUUCAGUCUAUCUCUCUGCCUGUCUUCCUAUGUUGACGUUUACAAUCCAUCUCAUUUUCAAAGAACUUAGCAAACAUCUUAGAGGUAACAGAUCUAUCGCGAUCAGUAGUAAGACCUGGCGAAGAAGACCAAAACCGCCGAUCCAGCCAACAAACCAAAAAUAA